UAAUUCAAGGUAAUAUGUUUGUUCAUGAAUGUAGCCUAAUCAUUGAAGUAAGGUCAUAUUUCAUACAUGUACAUACAUUGCACCGAGAUGAACAAACAAACCAACACAGAGUUGUGUAUUGACAUGGGAUAAAUUGAUAAAAGAUCAUUGACUUAACUGACACAUGCAUUUCAAUAAUUUAAUUUUGAACUAGGAAUUAUAAACAAGGUACACUUUCAGAGAGCACCUGAAUUCUCAUGUGACCCCCAAAAUAUCAAUAUUUCUAAUCAGAAAUUAUGAAAUGUGUAUAUAUACAUUUAUUCAACAAAUUCUUCAACUUUCUUUUCUUGAUAUUAAAAAUUGCUUAAAAUGGCUUUGUUAGAUAAGUAAAUGCUGGUUAAAGUAAAUAGGUUAAAGCUUCAGUUUAGUGUAAUUUCCAUUCAAAAGCAACAACAGCUUUUACAUUGUUCAAUAAUUCUUCAAAUGCAUUUUAUUGUCAAAUAUUUGCAUAUCCAUUGUCCUUUCCCUCCAAAAGCCCAAUAUGAGGAGCUGCAAAUAUUUUUCUAUACCGGUAAUCGCAAUUGUUCUGUCUGUAUCCGCAAUAUUUAUUUCUUAAAUAUUGUCAAAAUCUGUAAAGAUGAUUAUGUUUUGAAACUGAUGUACUUAUUCAUCAAAAUUGAUUUUAAUAUGUCCUCAAGGCGCCUCAUACCAUUAUUAAGUCAUUCCAGACUAAUAUAGGUUUAAUUGGGCAUACACAUUUCUCUUCCAUAGCAACCAAAUCAAGUACCAGCAGUCAACAAUUAUAACAUAAACAUAAGUGGACUAUCAACCCUUUGUCAUCACUACUGUCUACUAUGUAACACUGAACUGGGUUACUGAAAAUGGAAGGUGUUUAUUUACUCGUGUGACAGUUUUCAUCAGCUGUGAGCUUGAUGAUGUACUUUAAACUUUGACCAACAUCAAUCUUACCCCUCAAAAUAGUACACUACAUGACUGAAUUUCAAUCUACAGCUGCUAGUUUAUAUAUGGGUAGUAGCCAUUCAUUGCUGGCCAUCCUUUUAUCACAGAAGAUAAGAUAAUAUAUCCUGUAGAUAAUGAGCUGAUCUUUUCAUCACUUCUUUGUGCUUAAGGAGAUGGUAUUAAUAAUGGAUUAUGACCAAACUUGGUGAGAUAAGUCAAAAGAUGGUGUCUUUAAUUUGGGACUAGAUAUUAUGUAAAAGGUGUUGAUCAUGGAGGAGUCGGUUCAGAGUUCUGUCCCCUAUAAACAGCUAGAGGCUGGGUCUAAAACAAAUGCUUUAAAGGAGUGGAAGAAGUCGAGGAUCAUUGAGAAGUUUGUGUAUGUGGUGGCUGUAAUAACCAUUAUAUUCCUCACCCAUGCAACUGUCUACGCCCAAUGGCUGCUACCAUACUACUAUGCUGUCAGUACCCCCAUCUUGAUUCUAAUACGGGUCAUCAUGUAUUGGAAAAACAAAUGGCAGUAUUUCCUGUUGGACUUCUGCUACUAUGCCAAUAUUUUGUGGUACAGUUUUAUCUGGGUUCCAUACAAUGAGAAGUUUUUUGCGGUGGUUUUUGCCCUGUCCAACGGCCCCCUGAUCUGGGCAAUGGUGGUGUACAGGAACUCCCUGGUUUUUCACAGCACAGACAAGGUCACCUCUGCCUACAUUCAUAUACUGCCUGCCCUGCUGUCGUUUGGAAUCCGUUGGUACAGAGAAGAAGUAUCCAAGUACUGGUUUGAUGAAUUUGUACCAGAAAUGCUGGAGUUGUCCCCCAUUUGGUUGCUGGUUGUUCCCUUUGCCUGUUUUCUGUUGCACAGUGGAAUUUACUUCCUAGUAAUUCACAUUGUUGCAAAACCCAGUGAGGAGUAUGUGACAAGUUUUAACUACCUCGGAAAGAAGCAGGACAGUUGCUUGUAUAAAACAUUCAAUGUUUGUGGCGAAAGAUGCCGUCCCCUGAUGUUUUACGUCUUCAACUGGUUGUUCUGCAUUGUGAGCCUGGCUGGUGUGUUUAUCUGGUACCACUUUUACACUGCCCACUGUAUAUUCCUUGGUGUCAUGUCCACUGUGCUGAUCAUGAAUGGAGGCAAUUACUACAUAGAUGUGUUUAGUAAACGAGGAUUCGUGGAGGAUGAAUGUGAAUAGAACUGUUGCUAGGUGUCAACAACUCUUAACCUGAUGUAAUUUAUUUCUUCAUCAUCAUCAUCAUCAUUAUCAUCAUCAUCAUCACAGUAUUUUAGUAUCGAAUGACAGUAGACUAUACAAGAUUGCUGUAUGCUUUGUAUCAUUGUUGAUUGUUACAGUGGUUGAGCAUUACACCAUUUAUCUGUUUAGAGUUUGUUAUCUUUAGUGUAUUAUUUAAAAAUCAAGGCAUUUUUACAUGGAAUAGUUUCUUUCUGACUAUUAAUCUAGGUUGUUGAAUUUUUGUUAUGAAGUUUAUUGAGUGAAAAGUAUUAUUUUGCACACUAUGUGUGUGGUGCAUAUUCACUGACAUUGAAGAUAUAGAAAAUGAUAAUGAUAUACAUAAAACAUGUACUUAAUUUGACAUUGUAAAUUAGUGCAAUACUAGUAUACUAUAAUCAUUAUUCAUCACUUUGUUGACACACAUUUUUUAUAUAAGAGUUCAGCUCUGCAGGUUCAGUAUGUCUAAUAUCUUAUUGUAAAUCUGUCUAUCCUUCCAAUAUCUCGUGUAUGGAAUAUAUUUUAGCCCUUUUGCCCAAUAUUUCUCAUACUUUUAAGCCCAUAUCUGCUCAUACUUUAUCAAUGGAAUGCUUAUGGGUGUUAACGGACCCUAAAUUUAGUGAUUAUAUGUCCAGGGUCAAUGUCAUAGCAAAUUGCUUUGUAAAAUUCUUGCCCUAAGCAUAUUGUUUCUUCUUUUGGCUACAUCUGGCUUUAUCAAGUGUUAGGUCAAGGUCAAAGCAGAUCAUUGUAUUGAGCAUAUUUUCUUUCUUUUUAGUCCUGUCCUGGUUUAUAUUUUAACCAAAGAGUGCUUCAAACAAUGACCUUAACAUGGAAAAUAAAUGGUCUUUUCCAUAUGCAUAUAUUGCCAUUUUAAUUCUAGAGUCCUUUGUAAAAGAGGGUCAAUUAGAUAUGGCCACCUUACUUACAGUUCAAACAAUCAAGUUUUAUAUAGUCACAAGAAUGAAUACAUGCAAUAUUUUAUGAUAAGGCACAUGUUCAUGUAUAGUUUAAGUCUUUGUGUAUUUUUGCAUUCCAAUUCUCAUUGUCUUACCCCUGCUUGCCAAAGAUUUUUAGUCGAAUUUUGUAAUUUUUGCCAAAAAUUCAUUUGGCAAUGCACGUUUUAGUAUGGUAUUUAUUUUUUCUUUAAAGUAAGUUUUUUUUCUAUUGCCUGUAUAGUAUCAUUUAAUCUUUGGGGUUUUUUUAAUUUCAAAUAUAUAGUAUUUUUUUAACAUAUGUUCUAUUUAACAGAGAAAUUGACAUGAAUAAAUUUUUAAGAGUUUUAUAAAGUACAUUGUACAAUACUAAAUGUUAUAAUUUAAUUAUUGGUACACUUUUAAAAACAGGUUAAAAACAAAAAAUGAUACUGUUAAAUGACUUUACUUUUUGAUUAACUGUUGUAUUUAUAUAAAAUAAAGUUGAA